AGAGAGAGAGAGAGAGAGAGAGAGAGAGAGAGAGAGAGAGAGAGAGAGAGAGAGAGAUAGAGAGAGAGAGAGAGAGAGAGAGAGAGAGAGAGAGAGAGAGAGAGAGAGAGAGAGAGUCGCAGCAUCCCAGUGGGAUAGAAGACGCUUUGCAGAGGCUUUGCUAAGACUGGACCUGUCCCCCCUGCCGGCCUGCACUUCCAUUCCCUGCGCCCCACUGGCCCCUCUCCCAGCUGGGGCGCCUUGGCAGAGGACGCUGUAGUCCACGGCGGAGUUGGAGAGAAGCGAGCCUUUUCUGCUUGUUGUCAUGAUGGCCAGCUACCCCGAGCCUGAAAACGACUCGGGAGCCCUACUGGCCCCAGAAUCCGCCGGCCGCUCAGGCAAAGAUUCCGAACCCCGGGGACCCCGAGACUGCAAGGAGGAGCUGAGCCCAGAGAAGAGCGGAGGAGGCGGAGGGGUCCCGGAGAAACCAGACCCCUCUCAGAAGCCCCCAUACUCGUACGUGGCGCUAAUAGCUAUGGCCAUCCGUGAAAGCGCUGAGAAGCGGCUCACACUGUCCGGCAUCUACCAGUACAUCAUCGGCAAGUUUCCUUUCUAUGAGAAGAACAAGAAGGGCUGGCAGAACAGCAUCCGCCACAACCUGAGCCUCAAUGAGUGCUUCAUCAAGGUGCCGCGCGAGGGCGGCGGCGAGAGGAAGGGCAACUACUGGACGCUGGACCCGGCCUGCGAGGACAUGUUCGAGAAGGGCAAUUACCGCCGCCGGCGGCGCAUGAAGCGGCCCUUCCGCCCACCGCCUGCUCACUUUCAGCCCGGCAAGGGUCUCUUUGGUCCCGGAGGCGCCGGGGCUGGAGGGGCGGGCGGCAGCGAUGGUUAUGGCUACCUGGCGCCGCCCAAGUACCUGCAGUCGGGCUUCCUCAACAACUCGUGGCCCCUUACCCAGCCGCCCUCUCCCAUGCCCUAUGCGUCCUGCCAGAUGGCAGCGGCGGCGGCUGCUGCAGCUGCAGCGGCGGCGGCGGCGGCGGCCGGCCCUGGCAGCCCGGGAGGAGUAAAGGGGAUCCCCGGGGCCCCGGCCUCCUAUAGUCCAUACUCCCGGGUGCAAAGCAUGGCGCUGCCCGGCGUGGUGAACUCUUACAACGGCAUGGCGGGCCACCAUCCAGCGCCGCAUCCCCACCCUCACGCGCACCACCCCCACGCCCACCACCUGCACCCGGCUGCAGCCGCAGCUCAUCACCCGCCCCACCACCCGGCCGCAGCGCCCCCAGCCCAGCUUAGCCCGGCCAGUCCCACUGCCGCAGCGCCCCCGGCCCCCGCGCCUGCCCAGGCCAAUGCAACUGGUCCUCCGCCUGGCCUCCAGUUUGCCUGCGCCCGCCAGCCUGAUUUAUCCAUGAUGCACUGCUCCUAUUGGGACCACGACAGCAAACACAGCGCCCUGCACUCACGGAUAGACAUCUGAGGGAGGGACAGAGGAGGGCAGGAAGAAAAGAAAGGAGAAAGCAGGGGCCGCAGCGUAGAACCGGAGCUAUGGCGCCAGCACCAGACUACCCUUCCCACCCGCUGGCCAAAAGGGUCCGGCUUCUAAACCAACCUCCAGAAACGGACUGCAAGAUGUUCCCUUACUGUUUCUGCCCUCUUUCUUGAAUUUCAGCCUCUCUCUACUUGAUCCCUGCUUUGUCUGGCUCUCUCGUUUCCUUCUCUGUCUUUCUUCUCUCUUUUUCAUCCGUUCUGUGCCUCACUUUUGGCCUCGGUCUGUUUUCUAUGUGUUUCUCAAUCUCACUCGUCCACGCUCGGAAAAUCCCCCUCCUCUCCUCUUUUUUCCAAGCUGGAAAGAUGUCCUGUGCCAAAAUUUUUGCAGUGGGAAAAAAGAUCAUCCCCCACCCCAAACGCUCCAGCCAGUCCCAACCCUGUUCCUCUCGGUUUGCCUGGCGUCAAUGUGUAACCCCGGGGGCUCCGGCUGUACCACGUCUUACAGGUCUGUGCGCUGAUGGCAUUUUGAUUGUAAUUGCAAAAUGAGCUCUAAUCCUGGCAUAGUCGCCACUUUUUAAAAUUGUAUAAGAGGGGGAAGUUUUCCGUUUGAAACCUUCCUGCAGUGAAUGUUGUUUGUUGGAGGUCGGUGGGGAGGUCGGGGAAAGAUAGAAGACGAGUUUUCCCCCGGGGUUGUGGGGUGAAUAGUAUGUUGCCGGAGAGAGUAGCCUGUCCUGGACAUCAGGCGAUGUUUUAUUUUGUUUUAAGUCUUAAAACCCAUCUUCCAGAGAGGUUGCACUUCUAUACUCUUCUCCAGAAGUAUAGUUGGUGCUUUUCCGGCGAGGAGGGAUUUGAUCGAGUUACAUUUCAGAAAUUAAUGCUACAUUUCUUUAAAUAAGAAAAGAAAAGCCCUCCAGGGAAACCGGUGAAAUGUUGCCUUGAGGCGAGUGCUGCUAGAAUGUAAAAUGAAAUACAAAUUUAUUUUUUUUAAAUCUAGUCAGGAAAUUUCUCAGAAUUGUUUUAUUUGGGCCUUUAAAAAAUUUCCCCCAGCUGCAAAGGGAAAAUGCUUUGUAAAAGAUGGAAUUGGAAUGCGAUUAUCUUUAACUCUUUUCACUUGAUCUUCUCAAGUCCUUUUCGCCAUAAUUUUUUUGGUAGGUGAUUGUCAGUCAGUCAUUCUCCCAUCCUUUUUUUUUUUAGAAAAAUAAUUGUUUUUCAGUCGCGGUUCUAGGACCUCGAAUAAAGUAAUGUGAACCCCCGAAGCCUUGUAGAUACCGGGACGAAUUUCCAAUGAUAUAAAUGUGUAAGCCCUUAGCUAUUGUUGCGUUGUAUUUUGUGGGGACCAACUUUUCUAGUCAACUAUAGCACUUUUAUUGUAUUUUCUAGUAUUGUAAAUUCUCGAAUAAAAUGUUUUCCUUUCUUUUAA